ACUACCACCACCACCACCACCAUCAAUAUUACCAACAACAAAAAACAAAUCAUCAUCGAGGAUCGAGAAAAAAACCAAUCUAGCCAAAGAUAGAAAGCAAAGAAGCAAGUUUGUUGCAGCAUACUGUUGUUGCUAAUGUUGUUUGUUUGGUAAAAAACGACGACAACGAUAUUAUUAUUAUAUCAGCAGCGAGAAUGUUGUUUCGAUAUCGACAUCAACGAUCAUCGAAGCCGGCUUUUGUAAAGUUUACCUUGUUGUUGUUUUUUUUUGCCACAUAGGAUUGAUAUGACGAAUUCCAAAACGAAUGAAAAAAACACAGCAAAAUCAAUAAUCAUAUGGUUAACAGCAACAAUAUUAUCAUUGGUGAUUAAAGAAUGUUUUGGACAAUCAUGUGGUCCACGUAUAAAUCCAAGAUUAUUAAAAGAUAAUAAUGUGAUACCUUGUGAUAUAAAUUCAAUUGGUUAUUGUAUUGAACCUGGUCAUGCAUAUCCAUGGAAUUCAAUGAAACGUUUUAUAUUUGAAAAUCAAGGUUUUGUUAGAAAAAUGUAUGGUGAACAGAGGCAAAGUCAAAUUAUUCAUAAUGAAAUUGAACGUUUAAAUAAUAUUUAUCAAGACUAUUCAUCACAAUCAUCAAAUGAUCGACAACAACGAAAAUAUUUAGCCAAAUUCAAUAAUGAUAAUGAUGGUGGUGGUGAUAAUGAACAUAAUCAAGCAACAACAACAAUAAAAUCGACCAUUGAUUACAAUGAUGAUUCAAUAACCGAUAAUUCGAUCAUAAAUGAAUCAAUUUCUUCGUCAUUAUCAACGAACCAAUCUAUCAAUACCAAUAUUUUGGUCGACAACAAUGAUAUUAAUCAUAAUAACAAUAUUUUUGUUGCUGAAGAUGAAAAUAAUGAUGAUUUUGGUAAUAAUGAUGAUGAUGAUGGUAUGACGACCACAACUGUGAAGACACCGACAACAACAACAACAACAUCGACUAAUAGUAACAAAGGUUAUAAUGCAUGUCCAAUUCAACAAGAAGUUGUUGCACCAUAUUGGGCGAAUAAUACCCGUGGUGAAAUAUUAGCAUUAUUAAAUGUUUAUCCAUUCGAACAAUAUAUUCAUUGGGAAAAAUGUACAAAUGAAUAUGAACAAAUGUACUGUAGAGAUGGUUGCCGUUGUGAACAACAAUAUCGUUUGCAUCGUUUAUUAGCAUUUGAUCCUAGAAAUGAAUGUCGUGGUAUAUUUGCCGAUUGGUUUCGUUUUCCAGGAUGUUGUGUUUGUAUUUGUUAUGAUUAUUUUUCCAAUAAUGAAAAUGAUGAUAGUAAUGGUAAUGGUGAUGGUGAUGAUCAACAAAAUCCACAACAACAACAACAACAUGAAAGGAUUAAUAAUCGAAAAGCUCGUCUUUGAAACAGGAAAUUGGCCAGAAAAACUUGAAUUCUGAAAUGAAAUUCAAUCAAUGUA